AUGACAGCACCCGACUUCCUCCAGACAAUCACGUUGCAGACUUUCAUCGAGGCCUGGAAGACCUGGGACUACAAGCGAUACCUCGCCAUUCUGAGUGACAAUGUUACCCAAGUUAUGCUGCCGUCUUCAAUGGGUGUUCCCGCUCGUGGCCGAGCCGAAGUCGAGCAUAUUCUUCCCAUUCUCAUGACUGCGGUAACCAAUUACAAGCUCACGAUCCAUCAUGUCCUACAUGACGCGGAGAAGAACCAGGCGGCCAUUUACAGCACGGCCAAGGGCGACGCACCAUUUGGGGAGUGGGAUGUGGAGUCUGUUAUCUUCUUGACCUUUUCCGCGGCGGGCGAUAGGGUUGCUAAGAUUGAGGAGAUGAUGGACUCGGCCAAGAUGCAGGAACUCAUGCCCAGGGUCGGAAGAUACAUACAAGAACAGUCUUUGGCGGGAGCGAAUGGACACGGCGUUGGAGUUGGCACGGAGUGA